AUGCACCAAGGACCUGUACCCAAGUACUACCAGCACAUCCUGGCCUUUAUGUUUGCCAUCGAUGAGAUCAACAAGGAUCCGGCUCUCCUACCGAACAUCACACUGGGGUUCUGCAUCUAUGAUGAUGGCUACUUUGCAAGAAUGACUUACAAGGCCACCCUGACUCUCCUCUCCAUGAAGAGGCAAAUGGUUCCUAAUUAUAAAUGCAACCGGCAGGCAAAGCUGCUCUCUGUCAUUGGGAUUCAAGAUGCCAAAUUGGCCGACCUCAUGGCAUCCAUCUGGGGCAUCUUUAAGAUUCCAAAGGUGCACAGCAAGCUGCUCUCCGGGAUACUGCAGAACCAUUUCCAAAGGGCAGCCGAUGCAGUUCACUGUAUCCAGUGCCCGGAUGAUCAAUAUCCAAACAAGAACCAAGACGAGUGUAUCCCCAAAGACAUAAACUUCCUUUCCUAUCAAGAGAGUUGGGGGAUUGUUUUUGUUUUGCUUACCCUUCUUCUCACUUUGAUUACAUCUCUUGUGCUGGCAACCUUCCUUAAACACCGGGACACACCAAUAGUCAAAGCCAACAACCGGAGCCUCACCUAUGUCCUCCUCAUCUCCCUCCUGCUUUGUUUCCUCUGCUCCUUCCUAUUCAUUGGACAGCCCAAGAAAAUCACCUGCCUUCUCCGGCAAACGGCUUUUGGCAUAAUCUUCUCUCUGGCUGUGUCUUCUGUGUUGGCCAAAACUGCCAUGGUAGUUCUGGCCUUUAUGGCCACCAAACCAGGAAACAUGGCAAAAAAACUGUUGAAAGGACAAUGGGUAAAUUCCAUUGUCCUGACCUGUCCUCUCAUCCAAGCUGUUAUCUGUGCCAUCUGGCUGUUAACCUUUCCCCCCUUCCCAAACUUGGACUUCCACUCUUUGAGGGGAAAGAUCAUAGUAGAAUGUAAUGAAGGGUCGGCCACCAUGUUCUACACAGUUCUGGGCUACAUGGGUUUCUUGGCCCUGGUUGGGUUCAUGAUGGCUUACCUAGCAAGGAAAUUACCGGAUAGCUUUAAUGAAGCCAAAUGUAUCACCUUCAGCAUGCUGGUGUUUUGCAGUAUUUGGAUUUCCUUUGUGCCAAUAUACCUGAGCACCAAGGGGAAGUCCAUGGAGGUUGCGGAAGUCUUCUCCAUCUUGAUUUCUAGUGCUGGUCUCCUAGGCUGCAUCUUUCUCCCCAAAUGCUAUAUUAUAAUCCUGAAACCCCAUCUCAAUGCCAGAGAUCAACUAAUAAGGAAAAUAAACAUGUGUCAAGGUUGA